GGGAGAACAGUCUGGGAUGUCGGAGGCUUCACCUGGGAGAAGGAGAGAGGUGGGGCCAGGGUAGUGUUGCAUCACAAUAAUGGAGGAAGAUGGAUGAAACUGAUUUGCGUUAUGAAAAGCAGGUGAAAAUGUUUAUGAAAACAGUCCUGCUAAUCGCUAGCUGUGGUCGGUGGAGCUUCAUGACUGGAGGCUCAGCUAUGGCUCCUAGUUACGAGCCAUUUAAAGAACUCCAGGAGAAUAGUAGCCCAUUGCAGGUAAAUUUGAGACUUUUUCUGAAUCGUGUGUGUUAUUCAUAUGACUAAAAAUGUUGCUAUUUACAGCUUUAGUAGCAGCAGACCGGUUUAGGGUAAUUCCAGGCUUCACUCUGUUCAUUUGUUGACAAAUGUGAUCCAGGUAUUUAUUGCUUCACAACUGAGGCGGCAUAGCUUCCAUCCAUUAGCCAUACAUGCUUUAUCUGCUAGAGUAUCACAUUGUGAAGUUUUGCAUAGCUAUUGCUGUCACUGUGUUGUUCCUAUGCUAAUGAAUCUAUUAUGAGUUUGUUAUGGAAACUGUGCAGGUUUGAUGCAAAUUUUAGAAUCUGGGAAGCUUCAGGUCUCUCAAUAGGGUUGCUCAUUCGGCUUCUAUCAAAGAUUCAUCAAGAAGAGUGGGUAUGUUUCUCAGUAUUUCAUCAUAUAGAAGACAAUCCCAGAGCUGUCUUCACUUUGCCUUAGUAGCUUAUUGUUUAUGCCAGAGUAGUUAAUAGAGAAUUGAGGAUAGAGGAUUGCAGGUGAGUGUUUUUGUCAGCAGCAGUGACUUAUAACCUUCUGUCUGUUGUGCUAUAGUUAUGGUAGAGGUAAGCAUGGCAACACAAUGUAAUGAGUUACAAGACUGAUGAAGUCUUGUUGGGGGACCUGAGAAGUCAUAUCAUUGUGUUUCCCACUUCGUGUAGCAUAACCGGAGUCUGUGAACAUCUGAGUCUGCACAGCGUCAUGGCCAAGGAGAGUGUUCAAUCUGGCCUCACAUGGGAGGUGAGGGCAAACAGCCGCCACUACCACAAACACAAACAGAAGAAAUCCUUCCUGUGCUUCCGCUGGGGGCGAUACGCAGAUAACAUGGUGCGCAGCUACAAGUACACUCCCCUCACUUUUCUGCCAUUGACGCUGUUUGAACAGUUCCAGCGAGCAGCCAAUCUCUACUUCCUCCUCAUGAUGGUGAUGCAGGUAGACUGA